AUAACGUGGAGCUGAUAUGAGAUCAUCCAUGUGCUGAGCGGUUACUGCUGGAUCAGUGAUCAGGACGACAAGCGCCUUAACGCGGAAACACAAUCACUGACUAAAUGUCACGGAAAAUAACAGAUUUGAUUUUUUAUUCAGAAAUGAGAGGAUUUGAAAGCGGGAUAAAGUCGGUAAAUCUGAAACUUUGUGAUUAGUCAUGUCGGCUAUUGUUGUCUGGGUGUGUCGUUUGUCAUGAGCAAUCAAUAUCUGCUGAGACUGAGAAAAACCCCUUUUUAUUACGAAGAGGAAGGUUUUACUAAGAGAAUUCACUCCAGGUUAUUGACUGAGGGAGGAGAAACAAUUUUCAAUCGAUUCUACUGGAAUUCAUCUCGAAGUGCAGCUUUAGCAAUGGACGAGAUGUCACACAGUUUACGGCAGGAGACCACUUUGGAUGACAGAGACGAAACGAGAUGGUCAACGACAAUCAACAAUAAUGACCGCCCAGAGGUCGGCGGUCGAGUGCGGCUCUACUCGGAGUCGCAGGUGCACACUGUGAGCCGCUGGGAGGAUAACGAGGUCCAGGAUGAAGAGAGCGGAGGAGGUGCUGAUGGAGCUCCAUUCCGGGGUCGAUCCCAGUCUGCUCCUGCUGCACUGUGGAAGGCAAAGAAGUAUGGACGCCAGCUGAGGAGGAUGAGUGAUGAAUUUGACACCUGGCUGGAUAAAGGGGAGAUGAGGAGAGUGAGCAGUCCUGGCAGAGUGGCACAGAGGCAGACUAACCGUGGGUGGUUCUCUUUCCUUUGGACUACAAAAGAAGAAGAGGGCAGAGAAUAAAACUGGCACACAGCAAUGAGGAGAAAGUUAAGAGAGACUGGAAUUAUAAGUAACAAUCAGAAAGCUGGAGACUGGUCAUGUUUAUCACCAGUAUGGCCUUUUUCAAAGUGCUAAAUCAAACUAAUUCUUAGUAGUAAGUAGAAAACGUUUUAUAAAUAAAAAUAAAAUAAUAAGAAAGGUGCUAUAAAUUUACCACGGCAAUAACAGGAAUAAAGAAUUGUUUUUAGCGUUAGUUAAAUUUGACAAUCUGUCAAAAUUAAGGACAAAACUGGACAAUCGUUCAUAUAUUGAUUCUGAAUGACCCCCUAAAUAAAAUAUUUGGGUAUUAUUUUUAUUCUGUGCCCUUUAAAUGAAUAUUUAAUAAUACAUGUGAUAUUGUUCUAUGAUGUCUUUUAUACAUAAGUAUAUGUUGAUCUUUACAUAUGUGAUUUAUUGGAGGUUCGUGGAACUGGUGGCAAAUUGUAAAUAUAUUUUGAUUCCCAAAUCACAAUGAAGCAGGCUGUGAAUGAAGUCGUGACUAGUGGUGGUUAAUGAUGAUGCGGGUAUUGGUCUCAUUCGGUCAGGUCCGUCUCAGGGUUUUUUUGCUUUAUUUGAUUUAAGCUGUUGUGUACCAGUUAUGCUUAACAUAUUUUAUUAAUACGUCAGCAGUAGUUCAAGUGUUUAACACUUCUGUAAUUCAUUUCUGUACAUAUUUUCUGGUAAAGAAGAUCUUUGUCUUCAGACUUUUGUACAAACGGCGCUGGACUUUAACAGCUUUGGUUAAAUUGCCUUGUAUGCAAAAGUACAGAGUUCCUGCCAAUCCUGUGGUUAAGCAAAUGACUACAGAUGGACAACACAAAUGCUACGUGCACCAGUUAGAGCCAUCAGGCAUUUUUCUAAUGAUUUAUAUUUGUCUAUUUCAGACAACUCUUUCUCCACAUUUAUACAGCUUUACAUAGAUUGUGCUUUUGAUGAAAUUGUAAAAUAAUUUGUUGGAUUUGUAUCGUUUUAUUUAUCAUUUGUGGUCAGGAAUAAAUUCUUGGA